AUUCAAUAUGCUUUUCUUCAGGGUAUGCUCUCGAAUGGACAAGAAAUAGCUGUAAAAAGGUUGUCUAGUGUUUCCGGACAAGGUGAUCAAGAAUUUAAGAAUGAGGUCUUGCUAAUGGCUAAGCUUCAACACCGUAAUUUAGUUAGGCUCUUAGGUUUUUGCUUGGAAGGAAAUGAAAAGCUUCUCAUCUAUGAGCUCAUGCCUAAUGCAAGCCCCGAUCACUUUCUUUUUGAUCCAAUCAAACGAUUGCAUCUGGAUUGGGAGAAGCGUUACAAAAUCAUAGUAGGCAUUGCUCGAGGGCUUCUUUAUCUUCACGAAGAUUCUCAAUUUCGUAUUAUUCAUCGUGAUCUCAAAACUAGCAACGUUUUAUUAGAUUCAGAGAUGAAUCCCAAAAUUGUGGAUUUCGGCAUGGCAAGAUUGUUUGUGCUAGAUCAAACUCAUGGAAAUACGAGAAGAAUCGUUGGAACUUAUGGAUAUAUGGCUCCAGAAUACGCAAUGCAUGGACACUUUUCAAUAAAAUCUGAUGUCUUUAGCUUCGGUGUAUUAGUUCUAGAGAUGGUGUUUGGGCAGAAAAAUAGUUAUUUCCGUAUAGGGGAAAAUUUAGAAGAUCUUCUUAGAUAUGUAAGUAUGCUUAAUUAUCUUUGGGUAAAUCUUCCUUUUGCCAAUAAUUGUGGCAAAAUUAAUAGUGAUAUUAUGUCUUGCCCAUGUAAUUCUCUUGCAGGCAUGGCGAAAUUGGAGGGAAGGCACAACAUCAAAUCUUAUCGAUCCCACCUUGAGAGCUAUUUCAACUUUUGAAUAAAUGCGAUGCAUCCAUAUAUGAUUGCUAUGCGUUCAAGAAAAUGUAAGUGAUAGACCAACCAUGGCUUCCAUCGUUCUCAUGCUUAAUAGUCAUUCUAUCACUUUAUUGGUGCCCUCACGGCCUGCAUAUUUUAUGCACACCACCGUUGAAUCAGACAUGUCAUCAGACAAAUCAUUCCAAGCCUCAACAAAUGAGGCUUCAAUCAGUGAGUUAUAUCCUCGCUAGUGCUUAAUGGAAGUAAAAAGAAUUCUUCAUUCAAGUCUUUGGGAAAUUCACUUGAGGUCCAUUCAGCUUAAAGGGCUAUGCAACAGGAGUUGAGUGUACUGGAUUUCAGGCUUGGACCCAUGAGUCUAUUCGAUUGCCAUUCACCAUUACCUAUACUGCCUAUAACCCGUGCUAUGGGUGAUUUUUUCAUAAAAAGUAUAUGCACUCAUGUAUGAAAUUGUUGGAAAGUUUUUGUCUAUUUAACAAUUUUAGCCACCUUAAAGUCAUUCAAAAUGUUAAAUUUUGGUCAUCAAAGAGAUAAUUUUCUUAUUUUUAAUGCACUAUUUAACAAUUUUUCUUUA